AUGCAGGCGCUGCUCGAGAGGGCCAGGGAGCCCAAGGUGGCGGCCGUGGCCGCCGGCGCCGUGUGCGCAGCGGCCGCCGGCGGCUACCUGCUGCACCGAUCGCUGUCCCACAGGUACCCCACCGAGGGGCCCUACCCUGCGGGCAGCCUCCCGGAUGGCGCCUACGACGCCUGCAUCGUGGGGGCGGGGCCCGCCGGGAGCACGGCGGCGUAUUUCAUGGCCAAAGGGGGGGCGAAGGUGGCGCUGCUGGAGAAGGAGAAGUUCCCGAGGGACAAGUACUGUGGCGAUGCGGUUUGCACGCCGGCGAUCAAGAUCCUGGAGGAGAUGGGCGUGAUGGCGGAACUGGUGGAGGGCAACGAGGCGCAGUUCGCGGACUCGGGCGGCUUCGUGAGCCCGCACGGGCACGUGUACAUAGGUGCUUCUGUGGAGAAAAUUGGAGAGGCUGCUGCGUGCGCCGUCAAGCGAACGCACCUGGACGCGAGGAUUGCGCGCUGCGCCUCUCGAGCGGGGGCCGACCUUCGAGAAGGCAUGGAGGUCACGGAUGCCGUCUUUGACCAAAGCAAGGGCAUCUGGACCGUGAAGACAAAACAAGGUGUCGAAUUCCAGUCACGGGUGCUUGUCUGUGCAGAUGGCGCAACCUCUCGCUUGGCCUCCAAACUUGGGUACUGCACAGAGGCGCCAAAGGGCGUCUGCAGCCGAGCAUAUGUUGAGGCGGGAACACACAACGUAAGCUUUGAUGGUGUUUGCUUCUAUGCGAAAGAGUCAUUGCCAGGUUACUCUGCAAUCUUCCGGCACCCCAAUGAUGAGCUCAAUUUCUGCUACUACUUGAUCCCUUGUGGGAAAGAGGGCAUGUGUGGGGAUGUCAAGGAGUCAGACCUCCCUUCCCUGCACAACAACGCCAUCAAGUACGACCCUUUCAUCAGCAAGGCCCUUGGACCCAAGGCCAAAAUUGAGCGCAUGAAGGCCGCCGCUCUGAGGCUGGGAUGUCAAGGCAUCAAGUCAACCUUUGACGAUCAUUUGUUACUCGUGGGGGAUGCAGCAGGUCACAUCGACCCCCUCACAGGGGAAGGAAUUCACACAGCCAUCAUGGGAGGCAAAGCAGCCGCAGAGGCGCUGCUGGCCAUGCGGCAAACGGGAGACUACUCGAAGGCAUCCACGAAGCGCUACUACAAGGGUUGGAUGAAAGCAUUCGGCCAUGACUUCUACAUGUCACGAGGUGGCGCCAAUCUGGUUUAUCGGUAUCCCAUUUUGCUGGACGCGUGCUGCCGCGAAAUGCAGCGGCAAGGGGACGCCAUGAUGGUGAAAUGGGCAGAGGUCAUGACCAACAUGAAGCCCAAGACGUACUUUCUGCAGCCUCACGUUGCAGUACCGUUAGCGAUCGCCGUCGUUAGGGAAUUCAUCGACCAGAAGGUCCUUGGAAAGGCGAGUGCGUACAUCAUGGCCAAUAGGGACGACGACAAGGGAGGGGCAAAGGAUGGGAAUUGUUGA